GGCGUGCCGCUCUCUCGGUCCUCCGAGAGAGGGCCCAAGUCGCGGUUGGGCAAGGAGGGCGGCGGCAACAGCCAACCUUCGGAUAUGGAGUUGAUGAAGGAGAGGUUCGCGAAGCUGCUUCUCGGCGAAGACAUGUCGGGCUCGGGCAAAGGAGUGUCUUCAGCUUUGGCUCUCUCCAAUGCCAUCACCAAUCUUGCAGCUUCUGUCUUCGGGGAGCGCUGGCGAUUAGAACCGAUGGCAGUUGAGAGGAAAGCAAGGUGGAGGAGAGAGAUAGACUUGCUUUUAUCGGUCACCGACCAUAUCGUAGAGUUUGUUCCGUCCCAACAAGUAUCAAAGGAUGGAACUAACAUGGAGAUUAUGGUAACUCAGCAACGACGAGAUCUUCUCAUGAACAUCCCUGCCUUGCGCAAGCUCGACGCAAUGCUAAUAGAAUACCUCGACAAUUUUAAAGACCACCAAGAGUUUACGUACGUGUCGAGAGAUGCGAAUGAGUCUGAGAAGGGUGGCGCGAAGAGGAAGGACGAUAAGUGGUGGCUUCCGACGGUGAAAGUCCCUCCAAAUGGCCUAUCCGAAGUGUCGAGAAAAUGGCUUCAGUAUCAAAAGGAGCUUGUGAACCAAGUUCUCAAAGCAGCUAUGGCUAUAAAUGCUAAUGUUCUUAUGGAGAUGGAGAUUCCAGAAGCCUACAUCGAAUCCCUUCCCAAGAAUGGGAGGGAAAGCCUCGGAGAUUCAAUCUAUAAGAGCAUAACAGUUGAUGUUUUCGAUCCCGACGAGUUCCUAUCAUCUCUAGACUUAUCGACGGAGCACAAAAUCCUGGACCUCAAAAAUCGGAUUGAAGCAUCCAUUGUCAUUUGGAGGAGGAAGAUGCAUCAUAAAGACGCCAAGUCCACAUGGGGGGCGGGUGUCAGCAUGGAGAAAAGGGAACAAUUCGAAGAGAGAGCCGAGACCAUUUUACUCAUUAUCAAGCAUCGAUUUCCUGGUAUUCCUCAAUCGUCUCUAGACAUAAGCAAGAUCCAAUACAACAAGGAUGUUGGAUACUCAAUUUUGGAGAGCUACUCGAGGAUUCUAGAAAGCCUAGCGUACAACGUAAUGUCCCGGAUCGAUGAUGUUCUCUAUGCCGAUUCCCUUGCCCGGGACCCAAAUCUGUCAAAGAGAAGGCCUUCUUUAACAGAUUCAGAGCUAGUUAAAGGAACGGUGAGGACCCUCGAUCCCAAAGAAGAAAUCGAGAAGCUGAAUAAAAUGGAAGCGCCCGCUUCGAUGACGCUGUCGGAUUUCAUGGGUUGGCAGUUGGAUCAAGAUACUGAGGAAAAGAAGAAGGAUUCAAAUAACUUGGAGGACACAUUAAAUGUCGAUGCUAUCAAGUUAAAGAAGCCCCCGAACAUUGUGACUAACAAGAAAUUUUCUUAUAUUGAGAAGCUUCAGAACUUGGGAGGUUUGAGAAGCCCAACGGCGCGACACUAGAAGUCCUAGGAUUAAAGAGAGAGAGGCAUUAUCUUCUGAGGGAUAAAACAACUAAGGUCUAUUAGUUGUUUUCAAGGGCUGUUGUUGUUGGUUUUCAUUCAUUUGGGUGCUAUAUAGGUUAAAAAUGCUCCCCCUUUGUGUACUCUUCGAGUUAUAACCUCAUGGUAAUACUUAAGUUUACAAUGCGAUUGAGAUUCCCAAUGCCCCAAUGCCCUCUCCAGAAACAAAAGAAAUUCUCCAAGAAAAUUCGAUUGUGUGGCUGGCAUGAUGCGUUA